CAACCGUCAAAGGAGGAGACAGCGUCCACCAAGAGAACGGAUAAGGUUGAGACAAGAAGAAAGAGUAAGAGGAGCGAAAGGAAGGACGUCCACGAAAGGAAGGGAAAGGAGAGCCGACGUCUCAACGUGUCCAUCGUCAAGCUAUCGAUCGCUCAAUCGCUUUUCUCCUCUGCCUUCUCUUUUUCGAACAGCGCUUGGUGGACCCUACGGUACAAGACCACCAUCAUGAAGAGCAAACGCAACAACAACAAGAAAAAGAACAAAAACAACAAGAAGAAAGGAACAGGUGAGGGAAAAGGAAACGAAGCUGUUCAAGUCUCAACCAUUGAAGCCGACAAGCCAAAGAAGAAGUUCGAAAGUCCCUACCGGUUCAACCGUACCAUUGAGUUUAACGCCGAGGGUGUCGUAAUCGGAAUUCCUCAAGACUACCAAUCUUGUCCUCAUGGCUUUUCUGAAAACGAGAUUGAAGGAAUCCUUACUCUUGAAGAGAUUGAUGAAUUUUUGGAUGCGGCUCUUGAGUAUCCAGCCGUGGACGUUGGCCUGUUGAUGCUCCAGAGCUUCCUUUGGCGCUUUCCUAAAAUUCUCCGAAAUCGCACCAAGGUUGUCCCGUAUCUCUAUUGCUGCGCAGUAGACUUUCUGAAGAUAUAUAAAGAGACUCCAAAACUGGAAUGGUGGCUGAGUGCAAAACGGAGUUUUCGGACAGCCUUUUGGCUCGACAAGGCUGGUGACAUCAUGCAGGCCAGUGGUCCUCAUACUGUUGAAAAGCAUCAGUUCGGACUGUACCGUGAUGAAAUGAAUCGUUUGCACUGGCGCUUUGUCAAGCACUGUGGCAGCAAGCGAGAUGUUGUUGCGUACUUGGACAAGAAGAUCCCCUGUGACUGUUUGGUAGACUUGAAACAGAAAGUGUUUGAAGAGCCAGAAUUCCGCGAAUGUGGCCACUGCUUCAAAGAGGUGACUGACACCAAGUGGUGUGUCAAGUGUGAGGCUAUGGAAUACUUCUCCAAAGAGUGUCAGAUUACUGGGUGGCCAAAGCAUCGGGAGUUCUGUAAGCUUUUCCGGGGACGAUUGACCUUGGAGGAAUUUAGCUCUCGAUGUAAACGAGCAGACGCAGGAAAGGAGGCAAGCUAG